AUGAUCAAUGGGUUAUCAGAUUCUUGCACAAUUUCUGACCCGCAAAAUGGCAAAUUGCCUCAUAUCAGCCUUUUCUUGAGCAUAACCAUAUGCAUAACCACAUCGUGCAUUCAGUCUCUCGGUCUGACAAUUCAGAGAAAGUCGCAUGUGCUGAACGGGAAUCUUUAUCCAAAAGAGAAGCGUAGGUCGGCAUGUCGGCGACCGUUAUGGCAUCUGGGAUUUGACUUGUAUAUCAUCUCGAACGUAAUUGGAAGCAUAUUUGCUAUCGGAACGCUGCCAAUUGUAAUUCUUGCGCCAUUGGGAGCGUCAACGUUGGUAUUCAACGCAUUCUUUGCAAAAUUGUUGCUGGGCGAUGUCUUUUCGGCACAAUCGGCUGUUGGAACUGCCUUUAUCUUAUUUGGGGCUCUAAUGAUCGGCCUGUUUGGUGUUGUACCUGAACCGGAUCAUUCUCUCGAAGACCUGCUCCAACUCUGGCAACGUCCUGUAUUCAUUACAUAUUUUUCAAUAUUUACCUCUGUCAUGUUACUAUUGUUAUUUCUCAACAGACUGGGCGUACGUGUGUUAAAACGUCUUGGUCGUGACGAUAGAGAUCCGAUAUUUGGUUUACCUACAAUGACAUUCCAGACAUUGCUUGGUGUCUCGUAUGGAUGUGUUGGAGGUGUAUUAUCAGCACAAUGUCUACUACUUGCAAAGAGUGGAGUCGAAUUGAUAAAGGUUACGAUACGUGAUGGAGUAAAUCAAUUCGACAGACCAUUUAGUUGGUUUCUCGUUAUUGCGACUUUGGUCAUUGCUCUAUUUCAGCUCUAUUACCUUAACAAGGGUCUGCGUUACUGCGACACAGUUCUCUUGGUACCGCUUUCAUUCUGCACAUACAAUGUAUCAUCAAUCUUCAACGGCCUUGUAUACUAUAACCAAUGGAGCUGUUUAACGUUGUGUCAAUUACUACUCGUAACCAUGGGUGUUGCUAUAUUACUCAGUGGCGUGCUCAUUCUAUCUUGGCGCCAGGCCACUUCUGAAGCAGAGCUCGACGAAGAAAGCUUAUUACUUGCACAUAAUUCGGAGGAUUCCUCAGACGCUGCGAGAUCUGGCUCGGAAAUUGUAGAUUCCGGAGCCGGUCGGUCGACGGAUGGAGAAAUAUUGCCAUUUGAGCAAAUGUUUGAGGAAGACUUAUACGACUCUGAUGAGAAAACAUCGCUGUUGAGGCAUAAAGGAAAGAAGUAUCGAAGCAUCUCUAGGCAAAACGAUCUGUUUCGGUCAUGA